GUGGCUCGCUCUCUUGUCUUGGCAGAUAGGAACACCAGCCAGCGACCCCAACGGAAAUGUCCACAAAGAAUAACAAAGGAGGCAGCAUCACGUCGGGGGCCACAGCUAGGAUGAUGCAAGAAGCGAGGAAGAAGAUAAAGAAAAGAGAGCAGAAGAAGAAAGAGGAGGAAGAGAGAAGCAGGGAAGAAACGGCAGAUAGGAAGAACAGAACAAGAAAAGCAAGUGGAGAGAUAGGAGCGCUAAAGGCACCGAAGAGAGCAAGGCAGAAAGAACCGGUGGAAAGAUCAACGAACAGUAAUCGGAGAAACUGGGCUCCGGAGAAUGAAAGAGAGGAGGGCCUUCUACUCAUGGAGGUAGCGGAAAAUGUAGAGAAAAUGGAGAGAAAUAAAAACGAAUGUAGGAAACAGAAAAAGGGAGGAAAAGAAGGGAUAAGGGAAGAAGCGUUAGUCAAAUAUCCAAAGGGAGAAUUUACGUACGAACAGGCGUUAAUAUGGAUUAAGAAUAAAGUCGCUAAACUUACAGCAUUAAUCAACGAGGUAAGAGAGACUAAGGCAAAAGACAUUUAUUUCGUGUUCGGAAACGAACGAGGGGGGCUACGGAUCGAAGAAUUUGCGGAAAUUAUAAAUCGAGAGGGUAACGGGAAAUGGGAAGUCCAUAUACAUACAAACAGAAAACUCGUAUAUAUUAAACUUUGGGACCCCAACGUUAACGAAGAGGAGAUAUUAGAAGCACUUAGUAGCUCCGAUAUAGGGACUUUUGUAGAACAAGGGGAAAUAAGAAUUAGGGAAAUACAAGGGGAGAGAAACUCGGCGAUGAGGACCGCGAUCUUGAAGUGCACGAGACGUGCAGCCAAACUGCUCCUACAACAAAAUAUAAGAGUAAAAUCGCAGGAGCUCAAACCCUUCAUUCCAAGAGUGAGAGGAAAGAAAAUUAAAAAAGCAAGAAGACAUUAAGGAUAAGACACAUAGACACAUAAAGAAUGUAAUAAUCGAAUGUAGGAUUAAUUAGCAUGUAAGUAGAAACUAAACCAAAUGUGUAGAUGUAAGAAAGCGACAAAUAAGAUAGGCCAUAAGUAAAUCAGCCGCAUGCUCUGUAUAACAUAUAACACGUAGAUAGAACACAAGCAAAUAAA